CAUCUGCCGGCCCUCGAUGACGGUGGAGGUGGGCAUCCUCCCCAACUUUCCAUCGUCGCUGUCUACUGCCGAUAUUGAUGCGACUGACCCCUCUCACCCGCAUGAUGCGCUACGCCCUCUCUCCAGCCGUGACGGGCACCGCCGCCCCCUGCAUCCCCCAAGCCAAAGCGUGGGGCGCGACAUACGCCGCGGGAGCCCAGCCCGCCGGCCCGCUCCUCGACCUCUCACAAGGCGUCCCCGGCGAGCCGCCGCACGCAUCCGUCCUCGCCGCCCUUUCUCGGACCGCAGGCGACCCCGAAGCGGCCAAAUACGGCCCCAUCCUCGGCGAGCCGGACAUGCGCGCCGCCCUCGCGACAGAGCUCCGUGAGCUGUACAAGCUCGACGACGGGCACUUGACGGCCCACGACGUCGGCAUCACGACCGGGUGUAACAUGGCCUUCCUGAUUCUGCUGAUGUGUCUGUGUCCGCCAAACACGUCCUCCAUCCUCCUCCCCCUCCCCAGCUACUUCAACCACGCCAUGUCGCUCUCCCUCCAGUCCGUGCGGCCGGCCUACCUCCCCUGCGACCCGGCGCACAACUUCGCGCCGUCGCUCGACGCUGCGCGCGCGAUCCUCUCCGCGCCCUCUACGCAGACCAAGCCCCGCGCCAUCGUCUUGGUCACGCCCAACAACCCCACCGGGUCGACGUACACCCCCGAGCGGCUGGCCGAGUGGCUCGCGCUCGCGCGGCAACACAACAUCCCCCUCGUCCUCGACGAGACCUAUCGCGACUUCGCGUCGACCGGGGCGCCGCACGAUCUCUUCAAAGACCCCGAAUGGCGCGACAGCCUCAUUACGCUGGGCUCUUUCUCUAAGGGCUACCGUAUCCCCGGACACCGGCUCGGCAGCAUCACAGCCCACCCAGAUUUCCUACAGCAGGUCGCGACCGUCGCGGACUGCAUGCAGAUCUGUCCCCCACGCGCACCGCAGCUCGCGCUCGCGCCCCUCCUCCCCUCCCUCCGCGACGAUAUGGUGCGCUACGCCGCGGCGCUGCGCAAGCGGCUCGUCGACUUUGACGACGCCGUCAGCAAGGUGCCCGGGUGGCGUGUGCUGUCCUCUGGUGGCUUCUAUGCCUAUGUCGAGUUUCCCGCAGCGUUCGCCUCCGAAAAUGGGAGAAAGGCCCUCUCCGCCGCUCUCGGGACGGAUGUGGCGCGCGUUGGCUCUGGAGAGGUCGGCCAGGCGCUCGCUACGCGGUGCGGCGUCCUCACACUUCCCGGCUGCUUCUUCAUGCCUGAGCUCGACGAUCCGGUCUGGGCCAGCGUGCAGGGCGGCGAUGCGAUGCGCGAGGAUCGCUGGAUCCGCUUCGCCGUUGCUAACGUGAGCGACGAGACGAUCGCGGGCCUCUCCGACCGCUUGCACGCCCUCAACAUGGUCAUGGGCGUGUAGGAAUAGAAUAUCAUAGCGUCUACAAAGCCGGGAUGCUACUCAGACUUGUCUACAGACAGAGGUGUGGCAGAUGUGGGGGCUGGCGACGAUGCAGCCGAGGACGUUGCCGACUUCUGCUGCUUCUCGAGCAUCCGUCUGGAGUUAGUAGUGAGCGUUGUUGCAUAAUGCCGCUGCCGAGGCGCGUAAAAAGUAA